AUGAAGGGAAAUCUACCGCCAUAUACCCCGCGUAACAAUUACAACGGCCACAGCCGUGGCUCGCUGUUCGGGCUGUUUGGCUUCCGUUUGAGCCAACCCUUGCUUCGGAUAAAGAACUCCAGAAACUUCUCCUUUACAUUUCUACGAAGAAUCUUGACGGUACUUUUGAUGAUAGUGCUUAUCGUGGUGGGCUCCGUUUUUCUUGUGAAACAUGUAUUGAUGGAACAGCGCCAGGCGGGAGAUUUGCCAAAUUACAAAGACAAUCAAAACACACGCAUGAGCACGAAAAACCUCGCGUCCAAGAUCGAUUUCCCCUUUGAAGAGGGCUGCCGUGUUCCCGAUACGAAAGCGCCACGUGCCAGUGCUGCGUUCGUGAUGUUGGCUCGUAAUUCUGAGCUUGCGGAUGUAGUCAGCUCUAUGCGAUCGAUGGAACGUCACUUCAACCAGUGGUUUGAGUAUCCGUGGGUGUUUUUAAACGAUGACGAGUUUACAGAUGCGUUCAAACGCGAGGUUCGUAAGCAUACCAAGGCAGGCAUUGAGUUUGGCACCAUUGAUCAAAAAGCAUGGAACUUCCCAGAAAACAUUGACAAAGAACAUUUUUCGGAGUAUAUCCAGGGUCAGGGUGACCGCAAGGUCAUGUAUGGAAAUUUGGAGUCUUAUCAUAAAAUGUGUCGCUUUUACUCUGGAAACUUCUAUGACCACCCACUUGUCCAGAAACGGGACUGGUAUUGGCGUGUGGAGCCCGACGUGCAGUUCUUUUGCGAUUUAACAUAUGAUCCUUUCUUGGAGAUGGAGCGCCACGGCAAAAAGUACGGCUUCAAUGUGCUCCUAGAGGAAUUGUACUAUACUGUCCCAUCGUUGUUCUUGGAGACGAAGGCUUUCAUUGCCGAAAACAACUUGAAGGUAAAGUCUGCUUGGGACAUCAUGGUGAAGAAAUACCAGACGCUCACGGAUUCAACUAAGUUUGACUACUUUACCUGGACAAACUAUGAAGACCUUCGUGAGCAAGUUGAGCAGAACCUCAAGCUCAACCGGUUCUUGAAGAAGAAGAAGAAGACAGAUGACGACUUGAAGACUCUUAAGGACUUGAAGAACGUUCGUGACGUUUUCAAGGAUGCCACCAGCUUGCCCACCCUUAUGCUCGACAAAGUUCAUGAUGAGGAGUAUAAUCUCUGUCAUUUCUGGUCUAACUUUGAAAUUGCCAGAACCGAUAUCUUCCUCUCCGAUACGUACCAGAAGUAUUUCAAGCACUUGGAAACUGUUGGUGGGUUUUAUAAAGAGCGUUGGGGUGACGCGCCAGUGCAUUCGUUGGCUGUGGCCAUGAUGCUAGACAGGAAGGAGCUUCAUUAUUUCCGUGACAUUGGAUACCAGCAUUCCGAAUUUGGCCACUGUCCGAAUAAUGCUCCCGGAAAGCAACUCCCGUACGUUUCUAAUGGAUUUGAUGACUAUGCACCCAAACCCUGGUAUAGCACAUUCCUCAAUCGUGGACCUGGUGCCCCAGCCAAAAAUGGAGUUGGGUGCCGUUGCGAGUGUCCUCGAGGCUUUAGAAGCUUGGAGGACAUGUCUUCGCAAUGUAUCAAGAGAUACGCAGAAGUGAUGUCCGAUGACUACUCUGAAUUCCAGAGAAUAGAUAUUGUCGGUAUGGAGAGGGAGGUCGAGAAAGACAUUGACAACCAUCUUUCGUCAGGUGGAAGUCUUGGAGACAAGUUGAAGAGUUCCAGCGGCGACAAGAAGGUGAAUGCAUGA